UCACUCCUGAGGGUACGGCAUUUGGGUAUAAAAAUAUCGAGGACUACAGCUCAGAGCUUUGCUAGAAUCAGACAUCUGCUCGAUUGAAACUUGCAAGUUGCACGCACUUGGUUGGUCAAGCCAAGAUGUCCUCAGCUGCUCAAUUACCCCGAUUGCGCCCACCGACGUUCGCAGAAACGCCGCACGGUUUGCACAGCAUCAGAAUGUCGAAGGACGGUUCGGACUCCUUCAAAAUCGAGCAAACACCUUCAGAAGAAACGCAAAAUCCGGCUGACCUUGCCAGCUCGAUCGGAUACGCCUUAUGGGAUAUUAUCGGCUCGAAACAUUUUGCUACCAUCUCUGAAUUCACUAUUAGCUGGGACUCAGGUUUGGUGGGACGACUACCGGUGCUAUUUCAGCAACUCUCACUCGAGGUUGAAGGCGACCCGGAUAAUCGAAGAUUCAUACGAUUUUCUCGGGCCCGGUGGUAUCAGCGACAUCCCAUAUUUUCUUAUCCUCACAAAGAAAUUGCGCAAGGAGCGCUCAGCAACAUAACUCAUCCUGAAGAUUCUUCGGCUCAAUCAAAUCCCGUCAGAAUCCUCCAGAGUCAAUUGCCGCCACCUCCCCAAACGAUCUAUGAGCGCUACGUAGCGGACCUGGACAGCUACUUUUGCUUGUCAAUUUUCGGCGAUUCGGAGCGCGAGAUAGACCUAUUGCACAACUGGUUAAACGAUCCAAGGGUGGAAGAAUACUGGAAAGAUGCUGGGGAUCGAGAGUUCCAUGUGAAGUGGUUGAGACAACGCUACGAAGACAAGCACGUUUUGCCUGUUUUGGGAUCAUAUCGUGGAACUAAUGGCGCGGACCAGCAUGCGAUUGAGCCGUUUGCAUAUUACGAAAUCUACUGGGCUGCUGAGGAUAAAAUUGCCCGAGCCUACAGGGCAGAUCCUUUUGAUCGAGGCAUCCACAUGUUGGUUGGUUCAUCAGCGCAUCGAGGCCCACACCGGGUGCGCUCCUGGCUGCCUUCGUUACUGCACCAUAUUUUUAGCGAUGAUGAACGGACGCAGAGGAUAGUUUCGGAACCAGAUCAUCGGAAUCUCAAAAUGAUCACCUACCUCGAGGAAUACGGAUUCAAGAAAAUGAAAGAAUUCGACAUGGGCCACAAGAUCGCAGCAAUAAUGGUCAUAGAGAGAAAGGCGUUUUGGGAAAAUUGUCCACUCUGAAGAAUGAUCUGAUUACAUUUCAGUCCAAUCAUUACCCUCUCAAAUGUUGUAGACGGUCUCCUGAUACUUGUCUGACACUUCUCUAUCAAAAACUAUCGAGGGCCGCGCAAUAUCCCCAUAUAACCAACACAAUAAUAAACAUGUCAAAGUUGAUAUCUCCCAAACGGCUUGGUCAAAACCAAUGCCACUCUAAAUGUGGAAAGAGAGAAUUUUCUUCUUUCCACUGUCACAGUCACCGUCACGGUCAUGCGGAUGGGGCACAAAAUAUGAUGAGAGAACUCAGCCUUAUCAAUGAAUUUCACGUGAAAUUAAAGCAUGUGCUGCUGACAACACCCCAACUAUUACGCGAUGUUAGCCCCCUCCCCCUAAAAAAUUGAUGUACAUAGUUGAUAGCCACUUCAUAAAGCUAAAUUGUGCUAAAUGACAGCUAACCAGCUACGCAUGACAGUUGGUUAAGGGUCAGCUACAGCUAGAAAUACCCAUUUUUCC